UGUUACAAGCGUUAUGCCGCCUGGGAGUUGUAGUUCUUCUGGUUGAUAGGCGACGCCAAUAAGGGCUAGUGGUUGGAUGGAGACUGUUAGCGGUGAUUUUGCUUGAUUGUAGCCUCCCAAAUCAUGUCUCGUGUGUUGGUUCCCUGUCAUGUGAAAAGCACUGUAGCCCUGCAAGUGGGCGACAUGAGGACCUCCCAAGGUCGGCCUGGCGUGUUGGUCGUCGAUGUCACUUUUCCCAACAUCGCGCCUUUCGAGUUGCAGGAGAUCACGUUUAAGAAUUACUACACAGCUUUUCUGAGCAUCCGUGUUCGUCAGCAAACCUCAAUGCACACACCAGCCAAGUGGGUAACCUGCCUGCGGGAUUACUGUCUGAUGCCUGACCCACACAGCGAGGAGGGAGCCCAGGAGUAUGUAUCCCUGUUCAAGCACCAGAUGCUGUGUGACAUGACCAGAGUGCUGGAGCUGCGUCUGAUUCUGCGGCAGCCAUCACCACUGUGGCUGUCUUUCACAGUGGAGGAACUGCAGAUAUACCAGCAGGGACCAAAGAGCCCCUCCUUGGCAUUCCCCAAGUGGCUUUCCCAUCCAGUGUCCAGUGAGCAGCCUGCUCCCCGCCUUGAGGGCCUCCCGGACCCCAGCAGAGUGUCCUCUGAGGUGCAGCAGAUGUGGGCAUUGACAGAGAUGAUCCGGGCUAGCCACACUUCCACGAGGAUCGGCCGCUUUGAUGUGGAUGGCUGUUAUGAUCUGAAUUUACUCUCCUACACGUGAGCAGCAGCUUCUGCCGGAGACUUUGGCCAUCUGUGCCCAUCUAGGUGGGGUUUGGCCACCAGAGGCCGAAGCAUGUUCCCUGUCCAUCUAAGUUCUAUCUGGGAAAAAUCUACAGAUUGGGAAUUCUUGACACCUAUCCAGUUCUAGCAUGAAUUUCCAGUGGGGGCACUUUAUGUCUCUGACUGUCUGACAUGUAAAUUUAGUCUCUUCCUCUCAGAAUUCACCUGUUCUAAUUAGAAUCCCUGAGCUCCCCUUGCUUGCCCUGCCAAUGUGCACACCCCAGUUGGCUACCAUUCCCCCCACCCCCCUUGCUGAGAUAAACCUGUCACAAGCCUAGAGAGAGAGAGGAAGCCCCUGCUGUUUUGAUACUCUGGACCUAAGAAGCUUGGGGAAGACACACCCUCUAUUCAUUCCUCUGCUUCUGCUAGUAGCCUUUGUCCUUUUGUAUUAUAUCCUGGAAAAGAAAAAUGUCCUAGAGCCAGGUGUGGCACACACCUUUCAUCUUAGCAUUCUGUGAGUUCAAGACUAGCCUGGUCUACACACUGAAUCCCAGGCCAAUUAGGGCCACAUAGUGAGACUCCAUAUUAAGAAAGGAAGAAGAAAAGAAAAGAAAAGAAAAGAAAAAGAAAAAAAUAGCCCCCUUGAAAUUGUGUGCUACUAGCCUAGGAGGUGAAGCUGAGACUUCUGGGAGCUUGAGUUCUUAAGUCCAUAGGCUGGCUCCUGCAAAGUGCUCUAUCAGUUCUGGGCAAGUGCUGUUGGCACAGCUGGGGCCGGCCUAUUUGUCAUCAGACUCAGCAAGAAGCACAUCACGAUCCCUGUCCCUUCUCUCAGUUGCUUCUGCCUGUCAUGCUCAGGGUGAUGAGAGAGCACCCUGGGGGAGUGUGCCCAAGCCAAUACGCACUGAUACUCACUGAGGCUGAGGCCCUCCUCCAUUACCCCAGAGCAACCACUCGAUGAAGAAGACUACUGCUCUUUCCUGUGAUCAAAUUCUGUUUCCCUCUAGUUCUUCCUGGCUUUGUCCCUGGGAACUAUGAUUAAGCCGUGCUGCAAGGUAUCUCAGAACUGGGAAACUGGACAUAAGUAUGUGCAACAGUGUUCUGGGAAAGUCUGGCAACCUUUGGUAGCUACUCUGCAUUCCUGCAGUCAGCCCUCUUGAAGGUCCUGUCUUCGCCUACAGGAUCAUGGUUUAAGCCCCUCUCCAUUUUUGGCUGAAAGGAUGAUCAUCGCCGGCCUGUGUCCAGGGAUCAAUGGUCCUCAGUACGCGAGUAAAAAGGAUCCUGAGGUGGCAGGAACUCUGCAUAAUCACAGCUGUGUUCCUAAGUUCCCAGAACUGGAGCUAGUGUGCAGCAAGAUCAAUAAAUGCUUGUGGAAUACA